AGAGCUUUACAACUAGAAUAAAAUUUAGUUACGUGUAGUGAUUUAUUGGGGAGAAAAAAAAAUAAUUUUAUGACUUGUCGCUUACACGUAUGUUUAAUUAAUGACAAUGGUCAGUGCUUCUUUGACAGGAAAUAAAAGGUUAUAGUAAAUGGCAUGCAAUAAGUCAAUACAAUCUCAUAAUCAAGUCCAGUCCAUCAAGACAUAGUUUGUGCUUCAGACAAGUCCGCUAUUCAAAAGUCAUCAUAGGCUAACAUCCAGUCAACAAUAAAAAAUCUUUACCACAGAUUUUGUAACCCCAAAGGCGUCCAUGACAGAUUGACUAUUUUACUUUAAGAGCAAACAUGGAACAGAUUGAAGUGCUUUCCCGUCCGAGUGGCAGCCAUGUUGCCAUGGACGCGGGUCUCGACCUAAUUGCGCUUUCCAGACUGUUAAGAAUUUCUCUAACAGGAAACGGUCGUUCAAGGGAAACGAUUUCGGGCGCAGAUUCCAAUUGGGGCGUGGCUGAAAAAGGAAUGGGCACGGAGUUGUUUGACUUGGAAACUUUGCCUUCAGGACACACCAUCACAGAUACAGGAGCCACUGCAAGUUUUGAUAUACACCCAGAGACCGACCUACCCGGGACAGAGCCAGGGAGUGUCCACACGAUAGCAGCAGCUUCGCGGGAAGCAGUCAGAAACGGCGCUGUCAAUGUGAUAGCGAGCCUGCUACCAUUAGUUAAGAAACUCAUUGCAACAAACGACUCUGUCACUGGGGCUGGAGACUACAUGGAUGAGCUGGUCGCCGAGGCCAUUGACCGGAGGCAGUGUGCGGUUCUCAGGCUGUUGGUGAGUGGCAUCACAUAAAUGAAAAGAACGAAUUUGCUCAAAUGGAUUUGGGGGGGGGGGCCGGUUAAAAAACCUACAGUUUUUUUUUCGAAGUCAUGUAUAAUAAUUACUAAAAUGGAUUUGGGGGGGGGGGCGAUUAAAAAACCUACAGUUUUUUUUUCGAAGUCAUGUAUAAUAAUUAACACCUCCUGCAUUGCAAGUCUAUAAAAUCUCUCUUUAGAAAUAUUAUUUAGCCUGAAGAGAAUUAAAUGCUGAGAAUCACAAAUUUAAUAGAAUUCUGAACCACUAAAAUUAACUUUAAAUAUCCACUAAUGACUACAGCUAAUUUAACAAACCCUAUUAAAAAAAUUAAUUCGUAUAAAUCUUUUAUAAAAUUUAAAAUCGAGUAGUGGGGGUGGGGCUGAAAAUUUGACUUUAUUUUCAUACAUUUAUCGUUCUUCAACGCUCCCAAUUAGUCCCCCCCCCCCCCCCCCCCUCUCGCGACAGCACAUCUUUUUCAGACCCCUGAACAAAGACAGUAUUCUAAUGACCCAGCCACAGUUUUACCGCAGAUUUAUUUCAGCAACUAUUUCUGUAAAACAAAAUAUAAUAUUACGCACCAAACAACGCACGUGCGAUCAUUUUAUUUACGGAUCUUAUUUGGCACAGUUAUCGUGAAUUUUAUAUUGUCAUAUUGUGUUCCCUUUGAAAAAUAGAUAAAAAUGUAUUUUGGAUGUAAUUAAGCGUGUUGUCGUCUGCAAAGAGUCUAUGGUCUGAGUUUGGACUCGAUAGAUUGACGGAAAGUCAGUGAUUUAUUAGUCUGAAGAUUUUGCCUGCUAGCCGGUCAGUCAGCCAGUCAGUCAGCCAGCCAACCAGCCGGUCAGUCAGCCAGCCAAACAGCUGGUCAGUCAGCCAGCCAAUCAGCCGUUCAGUCAGCCAGCCAACCAGCCGGUCAGUCAGCCAGCCGGUCAGUCAGCCAGCUGGUCAGUCAGCCAGUUGGUCAGUCAGCCAGCCGGUCAGUCAGCCAGUUAGUCAGUCAGCCAGCCGGUCAGUCAGCCAGCCGGUCAGUCAGCCAGCCAGCCAGUCAGUCAGCCAGCCAACCAGCCGGUCAGUCAGCCAGCCAACCAGCCGGUCAGUCAGCCAGCCAACCAGCCGGUCAGUCAGCCAGCCAACCAGUGCCAGCCAGCCAGUCGGCCAGCCAGCCAGCCAGUCAGCCAGCCAGCCAGCCAGUCAGUCAGCCAGCCAGCCAGCCGGUCAGUCAGCCAGCCAGCCAGCCAGUCAGUCAGCCAGCCAACCAGCCAGUCAGUCAGCCAGCCAAGCAGCCAGUCAGUCAGCCAGCCAACCACGAACAAGAGCGACGUUAAUAAAGAGGAUUUUAAAAUAGUAUUAUUUUAUAUUCUUUUAAAAGAGAAGGACGAUUAAUUACAUUAUAGAAUUUUUUGACAAAAGAGCUACGAUAUUUUUAUUAUUAUAAAAUUAUUUGAAAGUUUCGUUUUGUGAGAGAAAUAUGGUGAACCAGGAGCGUCGGCUGCCUUAUGUGGGAGGUUGACACAUUUCCCAUUGUGAUGAAAUCAGAUUAAUGGCUCUUCAGAUUCAUUCACACCACAAAAUCUCAGUGGUGGAUUCAUGUUGGGAUUCUAUAACCCCACAGAUACCCCAGGGACGUCAGUGGUGGAUUCAUGUUGGGAUUCUAUAACCCCACAGAUACCCCAGGGACGUCAGUGGUGGAUUCAUGUUGGGAUUCUAUAACCCCACAGAUACCCCAGGGACGUCAGUGGUGAAUCCUUCGAUAAAAUGGAUAGCCUUUAUUAUAAUUCUAGAAGAAUUAAUCUCUUUUUGCUAGACGUCUUUGGUAGGAUCUUUUAGGUAUAUGUCUUAAAAGAAAUUUUUUAAAAUUUAAAUACAUUUAUUAAAUAUUUGAAUAAUUAUGUUUUUAUAAUAUCCCAAUUCGGCUAAAAAGCACAUUGUAUAUACAAAAUCAACAAUAUCUUAACAAACAGAGCUAAAAGCCAGGCACCGAGAAAGAUAUUUUUGUUGUUGGCAUGUAUAGUUAACUGAAUCAUCAGGUUAGUACUUAAAAGGCGUUUCUAUUUCAUUUCCACUAGUUAAGACAUUUUAUUGAGUAUCGACAUGAUUUCCUUUUCAAUUUUGCCAAAUUUUGCAGUUGAACAACGGCGCCGACCCUGGCGGGGCCUACCGAAACAAGUCCCACUUAAUCAGAGCAGUCACCGCCGACGAUCCUGAGCUCACAAAGGACCUCUUACAUUUUGGCGCCGAUGUCAACGUCCAUGAGGUCAACAGCAAGACCGCUCUGCAUGUGGCGUCUGCGCACUCUUCCCGCGACGUCAUGGAACUUCUCGUGGAUCAAGGAUGCCGCCUGGAGGCAAGAGACGGGAUUCAAGGCAGCACGCCCCUGCACGUGGCGUGCACCUACUGUAACCGGGAUGCCGUCCUCGUGUUAGUGGAGAAAGGGGCGGAGUUUAACGCCGUUAGCGAUUUCGGUGACACGCCCCUAGCGAAGCUGCUAGGACCCGUCACGAAAGCUAAAGACUUCCAUAGCGAGGCUAGACUCCGUCUGGCUGAAGAACUUGUCGGGCUGGAAUUCGUCUUGCCGCCAAGAUCGAUUUCUAAACGGAUCAGCUCAGAUCGACCAGUGAUGAAUGUGACAAAUGUAAGGACGAACAAAAAGAGUAGUAGUAAAAAAGGAAGAAAACAAGAAAAAUAUAAAGCUCCCAACGAUUCUCAACCUCCACUACCUGAGCCUCUUCAGCAUUCAGAUACAGAUACAACAGUAGGGAGUUGUUCCUAUCCCACCAAACGUGAGAACAUGCACCGCAUCUUUGACAGGUUGCUCAAGAACGUAUCCGGAUCUCUGUCCCUGAAGCAGCUCUGCCGUUUGACGAUACUCCACGCUCUGGGUCACGUGCCUCUGAAAUCAAGUGUACCUACUCUCGGACUACCAAACAUUGUUCAGAAUUACAUCAUAUCCGGCGAAAAAGCAGUAGAAGCCAGAAUGUUCAUUGAAGCUUAAAUACAAAUUUAUUUUUUGCAAACAUCGUUAACAUCAGGGGACACAUGUUGGUGUUACUCUACAUGACUUUUGUUGAUCUAACUCUACGAGACACUAGUUUAGUUAUUAUCAUGGGACACUUGUUGACAACUUGACAUUUCAAACCAAUAUGUCAAGCGUAUGAGAAUCACUGUUGUUAUGUGUAUAUCAUUGUUUUCAUGUUUGAUAGGGAAAAGAUGUUUAGUUAGAGAUUGUAUGUGUAGCUGUAUCGUUUGUGUGAGAGUGUUGUGACGUAAUUGUGUAAGGGGAUAUGACGCGUUAGUUUUGUCGAUGUUGUGAUGGAAGGUUGAUGGCGGACCUACUAGAUGAAUUGUUUGAAUUUCUAUACUGAGUAGUGUUUGAUUGUAUUAAUUUGAUUAUCAAUUCUGAAAUUAUACAUCAACCCUAGUUAAUGGAGUAGUGUGAAAUAAACUCCUAUCUCGCU